AUGGGAAGCAUGGUCGACGACUCUCUCGACGGCGGCCGCCAUAUGCCCUUCUUGCCCGAGGAAAUCGUCUCCCGGAUCAUCAGCGCCGUGGUGGGCGACGGCCUCCGCGUCUCCACAGGCGCCGCCCAGGACGACGAGGUCGAUCGGGUGACGAUCCGGUCUCUGUUGGCGACGAGCGUCGCGGCCCGGCGCGAGACCCUGCGCCAGGUCUUCCGCCGGCCGCUGCGGUUCCGUCUCGGCGGCGAGCAGGGCACGUGCGAUUGCCCGCCGCAGCUGGACAUCAUCGGCCACAAGGAGUGUCGGUGCACGCUGCUCCUGCAGAAGAUCGUGCGGCUACCCCUUGCCCGGUGGACCAGAGUCGUUGUGCAUUUUGACCCUUUUCCGGUGCAGGUGGACGACGGUGGUGGUGGUGACCACAACACUGGGCAGACACGACAGGCUGAAGCUGAAGACGAAGGAGAUGGAACAGGAGGAGGAGGCCGGGGGGUGGCUGUCCGCAGCGAGUUCCGCGCCGCCGUGCAACGUGUCACGCACUACUCCCGCAGCCUCGCGACGACGCUCUACUACCUCCUCAAACAGCGGGCCAACCUGUCCUGCGAGGCGGCGUGCUGCGGCGUCAUCGAGAUGUCGCGCCGCCGCCACUACGGCCCGGUGUACUGCUCGUACGACCCGAAGUUCCCGGCGCUGCCCUACGACGUCGACUUUGUCUUUGAGACUCCCCCGGGCCCUGCUCUGACCAGUACCAGUCGUCAUUGUAUCACCCCGCCGGGUAGCGGAGAGGAGGAGGACGACGACGACGACGAGACGCACAUGCCUCUGUGGACGAUGAACAUGGUGGACGCCCUCCUGAUGCCGUGGUGGCGGUUCGUGAGCAAACGGCCACCGACGGCGCGCCAGAUCACGCUGCCGGCCACCAUCGCGGCCGCGUUCACCAUGGGCCGGGACCGCAUCGCGACCGAGUUCCCGCACCGGCCGGCCGACGUGGCGGAGCGGCUGCAGCGCGACUUUGGCGCCUUUUGGGCCGUCAGGCCCGGCUCCAUCUCCUCGUCCGACGACGCAACCGCCGCCAGCCUGUGGCCCUGCGUCGUCAAAUUCGACGGCUCCCUCGAGUGGUACUUGAGCCCGGCGCCCCUGCUGAAGAGGAAGGAGAAGGCGGUGGCGACGACGGCGACGACGACCAAGUGGACCAUUCGCGGCGUUCCCGUGCUGCGCAUCGAGGUGCCCGACAGGGACUCGGAUGACAGCUCUGAAGGUCGCUGGAAGGGCGAGUUCCUAGCCUCUGAUGGCUGA